AUGGACUCCUGUGGGCCUGAAUGCCCCGCAAAACCUCUGCGUGACUUGAUCUUGCGCUGGCUGGGCACGGAGAGCCGCGGCCUAGAAAUGUGUGCGCUCGCCAAAGACUGCGAUGCACUGCUAGCUACCUGCCCCUCCCUCCCGCCCCCUCUCUUGCUCUGCUGCAACGGGGCUGCCGCUCCGCUUGCGGCCCUGGUGUCCGCACUUUCGUCGCUGCUGCGCCGGGAGGUCGCGCCCUCACUAACGCGCGCGGGCUUGCGCCAGCAGCCCCGGCAAGUUGUCUCCCCGUACGCUGGGGGAAUCCGGCUGGGGGAUGCCGUCCCGUCGCGCCCCGCCGAGGGGCCCGAGCCCUGUAGCUCCGUCCGCCUGGAGGUGCUGAACCCCGGCCGCCUGGGCUUCCUGGCCCUGGGCACUGAUGUGUUCUUGGAGUGGCGCCUCCACGCUGUCGCCCACGUUUUAUCCGGGAGUGGCGCCGACAUUUGCGUGCUUCCGGGUGCGCGCCUGCCUCCUGGGGCAGUUCUGCCGGCGGGCUUCCCGUUCUCGUGGCUGGGCCCACGAUCGGUCUCUUGGGGCGCGGUCGGUAUUUUUGUGCGCACCGAGAUUGUCUCGCUCCUCCGCCCUCUCCCUGACUUGUCCUCUGACCGCGCUCAGUGGUUUGAGUUCUGGGGUGAUGCUGCUCCCGGCUCGCCGACUCCUGGCCCGAGCUUUGUUUUCUGCGCGUGCUACCCCGCCCCGGGCGGCGAUGUGGCGACGUGGUCGGCUAUUGUUUCCUCCGUCACUGAGGUACGCGCGCGCCACCCGGGUGCGCGCGUCCUGAUCUGUGGCGAUGGUAACGUCCACCUGUCCUACGUCUUGCAGCAUCCUCCUGGCUGUGCUUGCCUCCACUGCCGCCAGUCGGCGCAAGACCGCACCAUCGAGGCUAUGAUCACCGCCGCCGGCUUUGUGGCGUGCAACCCGCCAGUUGCCACGCAUGACUCGGGCACGUGCAUCGACCUGAUCCUCGCCGAGCGCCACUGUCUCAUUCCUGUUACUGUCGCCCAUGCGAGUGGUGUAGAUUCGGACCAUCGGUUGGUCUCGUGUUCGUUCCCGUGCGCCUUCCGCCCCCCACAGCUGUCAGGGCUGUGUCGCGUGACGUGGCGCACAGAUGGCCAGUGGGACGAUGUGCUGCUCGCCGUGGCGCCUGUCCUGGCGUACCUGGCUGACGCCGUCGAAUCCCUCAUUGCCUGUGAGUGGCUGCGCCCUCCGUGGAGCGGGGGGGGCGCCACUAAGAAGCAGCGCCGCGCUUUAUUGGACGCGGCCGCUUGGGCGCGCGACGUGAUUUACGUGCUGGCUGGGUUCGCGGCGGGGGCGACUAAGGCGUCCACGGCAGCCCCCGUGCGCCCGAGUAGGCCUCCGCUAGACCCCGACGCGUACGAAUCGCAAGCUGCUUUUAAAAGGGCUGUUGCGCAAGCCGCGUGGGCCGAGCGCCACCUGGCGUUUAAGCGCUUCUCCGACCUCCGCACGGUCUCCCCUGGUUUGGCCGAGCGGUUUCUGUCGGAAUUUGUUCGGUCGCGUAACCCCUUUGAAAUUGCGUUGGCCGACCCGGUCGAUGGGCACCCCCUCAGUGUGGAGGAGAUGCUCGAGGCAUUGCAGACUGACAUGAUGGACCGCGUGCGCAAUGAUUUCCCUUGUAACCCGGAGGAGCAGCGCGCGCAGGCCUGCGCGGUUUCGGCGAUCCGGUCGGUUGGCGCUGGCCCUGCCUCUCCGGGCCUCGCCCUUUACUCAACCACUGAGGUGGAUGCCGUCUUAGACAGCUUGAAGACCACCUCCUCCGCGCUCCGCGGGUGUUUCGCUUCUGUCCGGUCGGCGGUGCCAGAGGGCCGCAGGGUUACCCUGGCCCUCGCGAACCUUUCCCGGCAGUGCGCCAUUACGAGCACCCUGUGGUCGAGCCGGCAGGUGACUCCCCUGCACAAGUCGGGCCCCCGCGUCGUCCGCUCCACUUUGUGCUUGCGCCCGAUUUCUAUUUCGGCGGUCAUGACGUCUGUCGUGGAUGGCCUGUGGACGUUGCGCAACGCCCCGCUGUUACAGGCGUACUGCGGAGUGGCCCAACAGGGCGGAGUGGGUGACCCCCUUCCUCUCCUCCUGGCUCUUCUCCUUCAUGCCCAACUCCGCUGUGCCCAGGGCCUGCCCACAUAUUGGGCGGUCACGGAUCUUCAGUGGGCGUUUGAUGUUGCCUCCCACCCCGCCAUGCUCCUAAAUGCCUACGAAGCAGGUGUCCGUGGCCAUGAUUGGCUUCUCCUUGACGAUUUUAUGUCGUCCGACAACCAGUACAUUGCGCUUCGCGGCCACAUCUCUUCUUUGUUUUCGCUUGGCGGCGGCACGGCGCAGGGCCGUAGGUUCAGCGUGGGUGUUUUCAACGCGCAGCUCAAGUGGCUGGCGGAGGAGGUGUAUCGCGUGCUGCCUGGGAGCUGUGCUGCUUGGGUUGAGCCCCACCUGCGGCGUUUGUGCUUAGCGCUUCCUGUGCCUGAUUCCCCUGCCGCGUGUGGGCCAGCGCCGCCAGCUGUUGGGGGCGACCUCGAAGCCUUGGCUGUCGAGGUGGCGUCGGCAGCUGCCGCGGAGCAGGUGCCCUUCCCGAGUGCCGAGCGCGCGAUGCUGCGCGGUGCCCUGCGGCUAGCUUCUGAGGCCGACAGGGCCUACUUGAUGGACCGCCUGGGCACGGGCCUUUUGCCCCCACUGCAGUUUGUUGAUGACCUCACGGUUGCCACAUCCUCGCCGGGGGCUCUCCGAGCCAUCGUGUCGCGGGAGCCAUGGUCAGCCUGCUCGCGGUACGCAAGCCGCACCCGGUCCAUGUUUAAUUACAAGACGGGGAAAACCGCGGCCAUGGUGAUCCUUGACAGCCCCCCGCCGGGGGACAUCGGCUGCCCAGUGGUGGAUACUAAGGCCCUGCUGGGGGUGCUCUUUGACUCCCGGCUCUCUUUCCGCCCCCUGCUUCGGGCUACGCUGGCCAAAGGUCAUGAGCUGUUCGAGGCGCUGUUUUUCGCCGGCGGGUCUGGGGGCUUUGGUCUCCCAGUCCUGUGUGCCCAAGUGCCGUCGCGCGUGGAAUCUGCCUUGCUCUACCCCUCCCCGUUCCUCUUCCUGGCCGAGCGGGCGCGUUUUUCACUCGAUCAUUUGCAAGCGUCCUGGGCACGGCGUUUGCUCGGAUGCGCUAUCGGCCCAGAAUUGCCCGGCGCGGUUGUCGUAGCGCAGUGUGGGUGGCAGCUGCGCUUGGGCACUAAGAUGCUUGAGCGUACGGUCCUCGCUCGCGCAAGGCUGCUCCUCCUGCCCGCCGAGCACCCGGGUGCCAGUAUGCUGACAGUGGCCUCGGGCACGAGCUGCUCCACGUGGGCGAGCGCGGUCCGGGCGUGGAUGUGCUCUCUGGACCCUCCCCUUCCUGACGUGGUAGAGUGGCCUUUCGCCGGACCUCUGGCGUGCGCCAAGGUUUCUCAGUUUCUCUUCCACCAGUGCCGCCCGCCAGCGGAGCGCCGUGAGCAUGUCCAUUUUGUUGCCACGGCCGUGCUCUUGGCCAUGACUG